AUGAGUAUGGAAGAAAACAACAAUGCAAAACCAUUAGGGGAACAAACAACUUUCGUUGCCCCAUCAUCAAAUGUUCGACUGAAGACAGACAUGGCUUGGAGAUAUGUUAAUGAAUUACAAGAUGAACAUGGAAGGAAAUCAUACUUUUGCACUUUUUGUCAAAAAACUUUUCAUGGUGGAGGUAUUAACAGAAUGAAACAACACCUUGCGGGAGUAAAAGGUAAUGUUUGUGCAUGUCCGAAGGUACGGGGGGAUGUCAAAGUUCUUAUGCGAGGUAAUUUGGAGGAAAAUAAUAUAAAAGCAAAGGAGAAGCGUGGUUGUUCUUUGGGAAUACAUAUUAAUUUGGAUGAAAAUGAAGAAGUACAAACACAAACAACUAAAAUGAACAAGAGGAAAGCUUCUUCAAACUUGCAAUCAUUCUUUAAACAAGGUAUAAAUGAUCUCUCUCAACCUUUGAUUAAAUCUUCUAUACAAAGUAAAGAGAGAUCACAUGAUACGAAUAUGGCUCUUGCUUUGUGGUUUUACGAUGUUUGUAUUCCUAUGAAUGCCGUGAAUUCUCCACUUUUUCCAAUUGCUAUGAGUAAGAUAGCUAGCAUGGGGCAUGGGUACAAUGGACCUUCUUAUCAUGAUAUAUGUGUUAAUUUGUUGAAAGAUGCAAAACAAUCGGUGCACCUUAUUGUUGAGUCUUAUCGAAAAAAAAUUGUUGGUCCUAAGAAUGUUGUUCACAUGGUUACUGAUAAUGUUGCUAACUACAAAGCUGCUGGAAAAUUGUUAUAUGAGAAAUAUCCUUUUGUUUGUUGGUCUCUUUCUGCUGCUCAUUGUAUAAACUUGAUUAUGAAUGAUAUAGGGGAGCUGUCACAUGUUGAUAGCUUAAUUACUCUUGCUUCAAGGGUUACUAUUUUUAUUUAUAACCACAAGUGGCCGUUGAAUUGGUUGAGAAAAAGACCUGGGUGGACAGAAAUCAUUCGUCCUGGUGCCGCUCAUUUUGGUACCACAUUUAUUGUAUUAAAGAGCUUACAUGACCAUAAAAAUGAUUUACAAGCUAUGGUCACCUCUAAUGAUUUUAAGAAAGUCAUAAAAUUGCCAAAAGCCAUGGAAGUUAAGAUUAUAAUUAUAGAUGAAACUUUUUGGAAGAAUUGUUUGAUCUUGGUGAAUGUGAUGGCUCCAUUGUUGAGAUUUCUGCUUGUUUGUGACUCAAAUGAGAAACCUUCUUUGGGCUAUGUGUAUGAGGGAAUGCUCAAGUAUGAUAAACGGUCUUACGAUCUAGUUGAUUAUGAAUGUAUUGAUCAAACUGAAUUUUGGGUGGUUGAAGAAGAAAGUGAAGGAGAGAUUGACUUGGACGAGUUGGAUAACAUGGUUGAGGAAGAACCAUGA